AUGGUGCAGAAUAUUAGAGACAUGGAUGAAUUAAAAGCACUUUUGAAAUCUGCCGAAAACAAACUUGUAGUAAUUGAAUUUUCAGCAAAAUGGUGUGGUCCUUGCAAAAGAAUUUAUCCUCUUUUUCAUGAGUUGGCCCAAAUUUAUCACAUCAAAGCAAUACCCACAUUUCAGAUGUUCAAGCAAGCCCAGAAGGGUUCUAUCUCUAGGUCUAGACCAAUCAGUGAACUCCAUCCCCAUCAAGAAUGGGCCCUUCAUUCCAUUCAAGCCUAUCCAAGCCCAACCAGAGCUAAUUCUAGGGCUUUGCUUAAGUAG